GAAUUUAUUUUAUCAUUGUUUUUAGUUUCAUUUAAGAAUUCUUGGUUUGCGGUUUCUACCGGAAUCACCGUCACUGCGUUCCUUCUGCUUCCGGACUGAGAGAACAGCCGUGGUUUUAUUUUCUCUGGGAAAAUGCAGGAUCCAAAUGAAGACACAGAGUGGAAUGAUAUCCUGAGAAAAAAAGGAAUUCUUCCCCCUAAAGAGGAUCCUAAAGAUGAGGAAGAGGAUGCGCUGGCCGUCCAGCAGCAGCAACAGUCUGUUGUUAAAACUUAUGAAAGCAUGACACUAGAAGAACUGGAGGAAAAUGAAGAUGAGUUUGGUGAGGAUGAUGAGGCUGCCAUUGAGAUGUACAGACAGAAGCGUCUUGCAGAAUGGAAAGCAACUCAGAUGAAGAACAUAUUCGGGGAGGUGGGGGAAAUCUCUGGACAGGAUUACGUCAAAGAGGUCAAUACGGCUGGAGAUAGCAUCUGGGUGGUGUUACACCUCUACAAACAGGGCAUCCCCCUCUGCACCCUCAUCAACCAGCACCUAAGCACACUGGCUCGAAAAUUCCCCCAGACGAAGUUCCUCAAGUCCAUCUCCACCACCUGCAUCCCCAACUACCCCGACCGCAACCUGCCCACGAUCUUCAUCUACUUUGAGGGGCAGAUGAAGGCGCAGUUCAUCGGUCCUCUGGUGUUUGGAGGCAUGAACCUCAAAGUUGAUGAGCUGGAGUGGAAGCUUUCUGAAUUCGGGGCGGUAAAGACGGAUUUGGAGGAGAACCCGAGGAAGCAAAUAGAAGACAAACUAAUGUCAUCAAUCAAAAACUCGCUUCCUACACGAAAGGACAGUGACUCUGAGGAUGACGAAUAAAUGGGAAAAAGUCGUGAAACAAACCAGAGAUAACCGCAUGGUCCACACGGCUGCCUGGAAGCAUUGGUGCAGAGAGGAGAAAGUGCUUCUCUUUCACCAGAAAGUUCAUAUUUAUAACUGUAGGUGGCGAUCAACCUGCUCUAAGGCGCUUGUUGAGUCUUUGUAUUGCCAAAAAUCACCUGUCAUGUAUGUUCAUGUUAAAACAUGUUCUGAGGGAGCCACCAAACAAGAACUGUAACCUUUUUUUUAAUGACAUCACAGUUUGGUCACAAAAAUAUACAUAACAUUUAAUUCACCUUUUUUGCCUCAAUGAUAUUUUUCCUAAACUCUCUUUAUUUGGUAUCACUGCUGAUUAUAAAGGACUUGCUGAAAAAUGA